UUCAUCAACAAGAAAUGAGCCAAAGCAACUACGACCCUUUCCCUUACAAACUCAUAAAUCUCUCCCCAUCCCUCCCUUUUCUCUUAUCACCCAUUUACAACCAUUACCUUCCCUUUCUCUCCUAUCCAGCGGUUCCUUCUUCUAAGGUUAGAGUUGAUAGACAAUAAAUCAUCAAGAUGGGUCGUGUUAAACUUGAGAUAAAAAGAAUAGAGAACACAGUGAAUCGACAAGUUACAUAUUCAAAACGUAGAAAUGGUCUCAUUAAGAAAGCUUAUGAGUUAUCAAUCCUUUGUGAUAUUGAUAUUGCCCUUAUAAUGUUUUCUCCAUCAAAUAGACUUAAUCAUUUUUCAGGUAAAAGAAGGAUAGAGGAUGUUUUAACUCGUUACAUUAAUAUUCCUGACCAAGAAAGAGAUAAUGCUGUAAGUUUUCCUGAGCUACCCUACCGAAGGGGUAUUCAGAGCAAGGAGUAUUUGCUCAGGAUACUUCAGCAGUUAAGGAAUGAAAAUGACAUAUCCCUUCAUAUGUCCAAUCCGGGAGACAUUAACUCUGAGGUUGAGGAUCUCCAACAAGAAGUUAAUAGAUUACAACAGCAACUUCAAAUGGUAGAGGAACAGAUAAGGAAAUAUGAACCCGACCCAUUAAAGAUGACAUCUAUAGCAGAGCUUGAAACUGGUGAAAAAAACGUAGUAGAAACCUUGGCCCGUGUCAUGGAGAGAAAGGAACAGUUGUUGAACAACAAUCUAUCUUCGUAUGAUCCAUCAGCUAUUCAGGGGAUGCCGACCUCUUUUGAGAAUGUUAGUUGGCUGCAAGAUGGUGGACAGAACCAACCCCAAAUUUUUGAUACAUCAGCUCCUAUGGAUCCUCUCAGGGAUUUGUCCUCUUCUGUAUACGGUUCAUUUUCACAAGGGACGAGUUCAAAUGUUGUUGAUCCAAGAGGUAUAGGAGAGUGCCACGUGGGAAAUCCAAACGAUGGAAACAUUCAAGCAUGGCCUCAAGGAUACACAUUAUAUCCUCAACAUGACAUUGUAGGAACUGAUCAUCAUCACCACAAUAUCCAAGAUAUGAUGUUGCAUGGGCAAAUGAACAUGCCAAUCACUGCCUCACAAGUUGAACCUCCCAAAAAUGAUUCAACAGAAUAUGAUCAAUGUAACCAACCUAAUCACCAGCUUCAUGGUCAAUGACACAUACUUAUAUAUAUGCUACCAAAGAUCAAAAGCCAACUCAGUUUUUUUAUUUAAUUUUUAUUACAAAUGAUGUUAACUACCAGCUACAGUUUUUCAUAAUAGCUGGGUAUGCGUAAGAUAAUUACGUAUUAUGUGAAUACAAACUAUACUUUUUUUGGUGACAGAAACGAUACUUCGUCCUUGUAUUACAAAGAAAAAAACAAAAUAUUCAAAGAAAAAUAGUUAAGCGAGUUAAUCAAUUCACUUAGCGAUUUAUGGAGAUUUUAACGACUCAAGUUUCAACUGGAAAAGACUUCACUGUGAAGAAAUAUCAAAUCUCUAAGCAGGCAACACGUUGUGCAGUGAUUUCCCACCUUCCCCUACCAAUUUAAAUAGCAAUUCAGCUUCAUUUGGAGUGGAUCUUUUGAUCAAAUUUUCUGGAGAAUUACAAAGAGAAGAAGGAGCACGAAGCACAACAAUAUGAAGAGCAUAAUUAAGAGUGAGGAAUCAAUCAUCUUUGAUGUCAUUUUCAUCUAUUCGUGUAAAUCUACCACGAGUAUGAGUAGCUAAAUUCUUAUUUGUUGGU